AGGAGAGGGAUUCCUGUUCUAUAUGCGGAAUGGGUUUUUCCAAGAAACAGAAACUGAAAUAUCACAUGAGAACCCACACUGGUGAGGGUUUAAAGUCCUGUAUUAUAUGUGACAAAGUUUUCACCCAUUCCUACGCUCUCAACUCACAUGUGAGAAUUCAUCAAAAGGAGAAUCAGUUCAUGUGCUAUGUUUGUAAAAAGAAUGGAAUAAAAACAAAAGAGGAUUUGUACAGUCAUCUGGGUGAGCAUGGUUCCGGGGACUUCCAGUGUACUGAAUGUGAUGCUGUCUUUAGGUUCUCUAAACUUCUUAACAGACAUGUACUUACAGUACACAAACAGUUAAAGGGGUUCCAGUGCAGUGCGCAGACAUGUAAUUACAGAACAGCUUAUAUCCAGCAUAUUCGGGAACAUACCCAGGAGUCACACAGUGUUAAGAAUCCACAGUGUCCUACACACUUUCUUGAUCAUCAUAAUAGUACUUGGAUUCUAGAAGAUGAUAAGUGUAACGUGCUUGAGGAGGACCUCUACAGUAUAUAUGAAUGCUUGGACCCAAUCCUUGACCAGCAUGUCCUUGGAUCUGAGUACAAGGAAGAGGAGGCGUUCACGAAUGUGAAGGAAGAGAGAGAGGACGCAGAUGAGAGGGACGGAGAAGGAUUUACUGAUGAGAAUGAAAGUGAGAACGCUGGAAACAAUCUUGAAGACGGAGGAAUUGAACAUGAGGACGAUACCAAAGAACAAGAAGAAGGAGAAGAUGAACUAGAAAGAGAAGAUGAUCAAGAAGUUGUAGAACUAGAAGGGUUGCCAGUUAAACAGGAGUAUAUAGAAAUAACGCGGGGCAUUACAGAUUGCAAGCGCUUUAACCUUUCUGGCUGUCAACAAAUUAAAUAAAAUAAGAUUGCUUUAUUUGUCAAAUUCUUACUGCGAUAAUACUCCAAAGCAGCAUAAAAGCCAUGAAAAAAAUUGUUCGUAAUAAAAAUGAUAAUAUUAUUAUCUUUAAUUUUUUAGUUUUU